UAUGCGAGGGGCUGCCGGAGAAAACACCAUGGCUUUUCUUCUCUUCUCCAAUCCCGUCUCCACCUCUCUCCAUUCAUCUCUAUUUCCGCCGUCGCCGUCAUGUUUUCCGAUGACCUCCGCCGCCCAAAGUUCCAUGUUGCUCAUGAAGCCUAAUGUGUUUCAGCCAAAAUAUUUCAAUGGAUUUGGUCUUCGAAACCCCUCCUUUGUUGAAAAUAGAUCGUCAUUGAUUGUGAAAGCUGCGUCUGAGAUUGAUGCUACGGUAGAAACAGACAGUAGUGAACCACAGCCCCCUGCAGUUCCCGUUGACAAACUUCCAUUAGAAUCAAAGCUGCAAGAGAGGGAGGAGCAGAAGGCAAGGAUGAAGCUAGCAAAGAAGAUAAGGCUUCGGAGGAAGCGGCUUGUUCAGAAGCGCCAUUUGAGGAAGAAGGGACGAUGGCCUCCUUCAAAGAUGAAGAAAUUGAAGAAUGUUUGAUAACCAGGCUCCUUCGGCUAUUGCAGGUUUAGAGCUUUACCCACUUCUCAUUGCUUCUAAUAUGUUCGUUCUUGCUGAUAGAUGAACACGACUCUCCACAAUGGUAUGUUCGUUCUUGCUGAUAGAUGAACACGACUCUCCACAAUGGUAUGAUAUUGUCCAAUUUGAGUA